AUGUUAGAAGAAUCAAAUUGGUGGCUGGAAGGUAGAUUUUCAUUCAGUGUGGUACUGUUUGUGCUCUCAUUAUUUGUGUUCCUGCCCGAUUUGGUAUGUGACACUCCUAUUGCCACAUGCACUGUUGGUACUCCUCUUUCUAUUACACACAAGUAUUAUCAUUCUGGAGAUCUCAUCAUUGCUGGAAUUAUUUCUCAGAUCUACAUGACAUUUGAUGAAAUGGGUUUCAUAAGACAUCCAUCUGAGACACUGAUUGCUGCUCUCUUACCCUUUUUCCAAAACUAUCAGCAUAUCAUGGCUUUGGUAUAUGCUGUAAAGGAGAUCAAUGAAAAUCCACAAAUGUUGCCUAAUGUUACCCUGGGCACACACAUCUAUAAUAGCUAUUUCAGAGCAAGCUGGACCUACCUUGCUUCCAUGGACCUUCUCUCCACCCAGGGAAGAUUUAUCCCUAACUUCAAGUGUGAUGCCCAGGACAAUGCAAUAGCUGUUAUCACAGGACCAAAUUCUCACAUCUGUCAUUUCAUGGCGCACAUUCUUAACAUCUACAAGAUGCCACAGCUUGUAUAUGGCUCUGCUCCAAUGACCAAUGGCAACCCUGAAGCUGUUUUCUUCAACCGGAUGUUCCCAAAUGAGGACCAUCAAACCUUGGGAAUUCUUCAGUUGCUGUUGCAUUUUAAGUGGACAUGGAUUGGGGUGGCUUAUAUAAGCACUGACAGUGGAGAGAAAUUUAUACAGAGUGUGCUCCCCGUGUUUUCACAAAGAGGUAUAUGCUUUGAUUUCAUAGAAGAACUGCCAAAAGAAUCCUUUUCCAGUAAGUUUGAUGAAAUAAUGAAUGGCUUUUCUCGAGCACUCAGAAUUAUGAUGAGGAGCAGUGCCAGCAUUGUAAUCGCACACGGUGAUGUUCAGCUCAUAGCAAUUCUUAGACCAAGUCUAAUGUUUGCUGAAUGUGAAGGUAUACAAAUGAAUAGUAAAGGUAAAGUGUGGAUUAUGACAGCCCAGAUGGAAUUCACAUCAGUUCCCUUUCAAAAAACGAUGGGUUUAGAGGCUUUCCAUGGAGCUUUAUCCUUUGCAGUUCCUUCCAAGCAGGUAAUAGGAUUCCUGGAAUACCUUCAGAUGAAAAACCCUACCUUGGAAAAGGAAGAUGGUUUUAUCAGGGUCUUUUGGGAAAAUGCAUUUGACUGUUCUUUCCCCAUGAAUGACACCACAGAUGAAGAAAUGUGUACUGGAGAAGAGAAGUUGGAGACUCUUCCUAACUCUGUUUUUGAAAUGAGCAUGACUGGGCAUAGCUACAGUGUCUACAAUGCUGUCUAUGCUGUGGCGCAUGCUUUGCAAGCCAUGCAUUCAUCCAAAUUUGGACACAGAGCAAUGGCAUAUGAUGGGAGAGGGAUUCUUCUGAAGCAGCAGUUGGGGCAGAUCCACCACUAUCUGAGAAGUGCCUCGUUUAACAACAGUGCUGGGGAACAAGUUACUUUUGAUCAAAGUGGACAAGCUGUCGCUGGGUUUGAUAUUGUAAACUGGAUCACAUUCCCAAACCAGUCCUUUCUCAGAGUCAAAGUUGGAAAAGUAGACUCCUUGUCUGCCAAGGACAAAGGGUUCACAAUUUCUGCAGAUGACAUUGUUUGGCCAAGCAUGUUUAACCAGAACCAAACUGAGCUGGUUCUACUGAACAGAACUGGGGGAGACUUCUCUCAAGUUGUGAUAAACAUGUUUUUCUGCUGCUAUGUCAACACAGAUCCAGCAAUGCUACAUAGGCGAUUGUCUCCCUUUGUAAUUUCAAUGAGCCAUGAUUACAUCUAG